AUGUUAUGUGGACUGAUUAGCCUUAGCUUUGCCACACUCAGCUCUGCGGCAUGGAAGGAACUAAAGCCGAUGCCAACGCAUAGGUGGGGAGUUGAGGCUGCUGCCGUUGGCAUGAAGAUUUACGCAAUCGGUGGACAAGACGAUACCCCUGAGAUCUCUAAAAAUGAAGAGUAUGACAUAGCAAAGGACAAGUGGGUCGAAAAGAAACCUAUACCGACAGGUCGAGUGCGGCACACCGCGGUUUCUUUGGACGGAAAGGUCUAUGUUAUCGGCGGAACCCGUGACGGCAUCGCACCUCUGGCGGAAGUAGAGGUGUAUGACCCGAAGACUGAUACUUGGGAGAGGAAAGCGGACAUGCUAACGCCGCGAAUCGCUCCCGUCACCGUCGUGUUGAGCGGCAAGAUUUAUACCGUUGGUGGUGCAACCGAUGUCUUCUUUCCCUCCCCGGCGAUCGAGGUAUACAACCCUGUGACCGACGCUUGGGAACAGAAAGCGGAUAUGCCGAAUCCGAGAUGGGGGGCAGCCGGUGCCGCUAUUCCGGGCAAAGGUAAGAUUUAUAUCUUUGGUGGUGCAACCGAUUUCACGCAUAAGGUGUCAACCACGGACGUGGACGAAUACGACACCAAAACGGAGAUUUGGACACCCAAAGCCAAGAUACAAAGACCCGUUCAUAAUUUCGCCGCCGCCUUCGUCAAUAGCGGCAUGAUUUAUGUCAUGGGAGGCGAGAAAUUUAAGGGCAAAGGAGGAAUAAAGGGAGGCGGUAAUGAUCCCGACCUUGUAUUUUACGACGAUGUUUGGGAAUACUCGCCAGAGGAAAACAAAUUGAGGCGUAUGGACUCGAUGCCCACUGCGCGAGGCAGUUUUGGGACUGCUGUUGCAGAUGGCAAGAUUUAUACCAUAGGUGGUUGGAACGGCGGCGCGGGUGCAGGGGAAAUCGAAAAUGAGGCCUAUCAGCCGCCCGGUUGGCCCUUCCCUGCGAAGUUUUCGGUCGAUCCACGGGAAAAGUUAGCGACGAUAUGGGGCGCGUUGAAAGCCCACUAG